GGGGAAUAUCGUAAACGAGUUGGUCAUGCUGAACUCAGAGGGGGAAUAACACUUUGCUGAACUCAAGAGCUGAACUCACAAGAUAACGAGCUUCAAAAUAUUGGUGAUCUGGAUUGUUAUUGUUAAACCGUUUCCCACAAGAUACAAGGCAUCAGAAUGCUUGCGUAACCAACAAAAAUAAAGAUGGCAUCACCAGCUCUACAAUCACUAUGUUGCUCUCUGCUGCAAUUAGUUUCACUGGCGCCCUCUAUCAAGUGUUGCCACGUAAACCAGAGGAAAACAACCGCAUCAGGAGGACAGUAUCUCAAGGUCAACAGCGUGACAUCGUAUUCUGGCUCGCUAUAGCAGAUUUGCUGGCAUGCUCAGGUAUAUUGGUACGUUCAGCUGUUUGGUUGUCAGGGUACCACCCACACAACAUACAGAAUGACACUCUCCAUACAUUCAGCUAUAUAUUCUGUGCAGUAAGCUCUGCAUGGAUCCAGUAUUUCUACAUUGUGACGUAUGUUUGGACGUUCAACUAUGCAUUAGAUGUCUUUCUCACUGUCAGAAACAAAUCAAGUCUGCCAUGUUUAUACCAUUCCUUGGCAUGGAUGAUUCCUGCAGUGCUAUGUGCUGGGGGUUUACUCUCACUCUAUUUCCCAUCAUUCCAACAAUGCCAUAUAAGGAGUAUGGUACACAUGCUGCCUCACUACCUCUCAACAUAUGCCCCAAUCCUCAUCGUCAUGGUAACCAAUCCCAUUCUUUACUCAUGGACAAGUAAACUCACAAAAAGAGCCAUAGCUCAUAGCAGGGCCCAAUUCACUGACUUUGAAAGGAAAAUCCUAAGAUCUGUCACUGAGAAAUUUUUUCUCAUUACCCUUGUGUUCUAUAUAUGUUGGUUACCUAACAUAGUAAAUGGCAUUCUCACCAUAAUACAGUUGCAUACACAUGUGCCAGAUGGACUAGUUAUAGGUGUAUGGGCCUUCAUGGCAAUAGUGAACCCUAUGCAAGCACUACUAAACACAUUGGUGUAUAAAGGAUUUGCCUCAUGGAAAAACAUUACGUUACCGGGAAAAUUAAAGAAAUCUCAAAUCGUCACAAUUCAGGAGAAAGAGGAGAAUUUUGGUGAAACGCUUACCAAGAGCUAUGGUGAUGAGUUUAUUGGAUCAGGCAGAAACUCUGAUACAGCCCCCAUGCUUAAACCACUUAACUUUAGAGAUGAUUACUUUAGAGACUUAUAGAAAUAUCCAGCAUUUUAUUUGUUAAAGGCAUUACCAUGACAUGGUGGUGCAUUGACAGCCAUUUUUAUUUUUGAUGAUGGGAUUUAAAGGCCCCAUAUGUUUAAACCACUUU